AUGCCUAGCUCCAUCUACCAGCCCGAGGGAGGGGAGGCGGCGGCGGCGGCGGUGGCGGCGGCGACGGCGGGCCCGCCCCACGGCUGCGGCGGCCUGGGGAUGCUAAGCCCCGGCCCCGCACCCCCGCCGCCGCCGCCCCCGCCCACCCCGCCGCCGCCCCCACCGCCCCCGCUCCCGGACCAGGGCGCCGAGGGGGCAACCCAGCCAGAGCAGGAGGAGGCGGCCGCCGCCGCCCUGAGGUUCGCUCUGGACCAGCUCUCCAUCUUGGGGUUGGAAGAAGAGGAGGACGACGAGGAAGAGGAAGAGGAGGAAGAAGGCGGGGUGAACGGCGAGGCCUGCGCCGAGGAGGAAGAGGAGGAGGAGGAGGACGAUGAGGAGGAAGAAGAUGAGGCGGCCGACGGCGCCCUGGAAGACCUGGAUCCCGCCACCGGGCCCGGGCUGGACGCCCCCGGAGGGGUGGCCGUCGGGGCGGGAGGCGUACUGGGAGCCCUCCAGAUGCUGGACCCGGACGUGAGCCCCCCGGCCUCCAACACCACGUCCCCGCCAGAUGUGUUCAGUAACUUUCACCACCACCCUCACCUGAGCCACCACUCCAUCCUGGCGGAGCAGAUGAGCGUGAUCGGCAGCCGGAAGAAGAGUGUCAACAUGACCGAGUGUGUCCCCGUGCCCAGCUCAGAGCACGUCGCCGAGAUUGUGGGGAGACAAGGGUGUAAGAUCAAGGCCCUUCGAGCCAAAACCAACACCUACAUCAAGACCCCAGUGCGGGGCGAGGAGCCAAUCUUCAUCGUGACGGGGCGCAAAGAGGACGUGGAGAUGGCGAAGCGGGAGAUCCUGUCGGCCGCCGAGCACUUCUCCAUGAUCCGGGCCACACGCAACAAAGUGAACGGCCUGACGGGGGCCGUGCAGGGGCCCCCCAACCUCCCCGGGCAAACCACCAUCCAAGUCCGUGUGCCCUAUCGCGUGGUGGGGCUGGUGGUGGGGCCCAAGGGCGCCACCAUCAAGCGGAUCCAGCAGCAGACCCACACGUACAUUGUGACCCCGAGCCGGGACAAGGAGCCCGUGUUCGAGGUGACGGGCAUGCCCGAGAACGUAGACCGGGCCCGCGAGGAGAUCGAGGCCCACAUCACCAUGCGCACCGGCUCCUUCAUCGACGCUGGGGCCGAGAACGACUUCCACUCCAACGGUACCGACGUCUGCCUCGACCUGCUGGGCGGGCCCGCGGGGCUCUGGGCCAAGGCUCCCAACCCGGCCCGCCGGCCCUCCGCGGGGCUGCGCGCGGACAGCCUGGCUCCCGCCGAGGCCUUCUACGGCAGCCGGGCCCCCGCGGCCGAGGCCAGUCCCACCAGCCCCUACGAAGCUGGAGAUGGCCAGAAGGUGGUUCAGGUCCUCGACAGGCGUCUUUCCAUUCCUAUGGGUGUCUCCAAAGAGAAGAACUUGGAAUUGUAA